UGAUGCCUGUCCCUUUAAAGAGCGAGUCCGUCCCCUGCCUGCGGCUCGGUGACGCUGCCUACCUGUCGGUUCGCACAGGUUCCUUGGUUUACAAACAGGUAGAUGAUCCGAUGAUGCGGCUUUAUCGCAGAUCUUCAUCACGUUUAAAGUCACUCUUAUUUUGGGCAAUAACUCCUUGAAGAAGGAUUUUUUGGUCAUGUGUCUAUUUUAAAAUACUUCACAGUCGACUGAGCAUGACGGGAAGACGCGGCUCUUCCAUGAAGACGCAGCUGGUCAGCGCAAUUCACCUUGAGGAUGUGGAGCUCCAGGACAGUGAAGCAGGGCGCCAACCCGUAGGAGAAGCCAGGGAUCCAAAAUUCUAUAGUAUGGAAGAGGCUGUGGAAGGCAUCGGCUUUGGAAGAUUUCACAUACUACUGUUUGUUGUUAUGGGCAGCGCGAAUAUUGUAGAGGCGAUGGAGAUUAUGCUGUUGGCUGUGGUGUCCCCUGAGAUCCGAUGUGAGUGGCAUCUGGAGGAUUGGCAAGUGGCAUUUGUCUCCACGAUGGUGUUCCUGGGCUACAUGAUAUGCGGUGGUUUUUGUGGAUAUGUGGCAGAUAAAUAUGGCCGUUGGAAAGUGGUGUUCGGAGGCUUCGUGUGGGCUUCAUAUUUCUCUCUGCUCACAUCAUUUGCGCCAACCUACGGCUGGUUCAUCUUCCUGCGCAGUAUGGUAGGCUGUGGAGUAGCAGCCACAUCACAAGGGUUUGUGCUGAAGACUGAGUUCAUGCCUGCCAAAUACAGAUCAUCUCUCCUACCCCUCUCCACAAUCUUCUGGAUGUUGGGGUCCAUGAUCAUCAUCAUUCUGGGUAUGACCGUGGUGCCCACACUGGGUUGGCGUUGGAUGAUUCGGCUGUCCAUCAUCCCGAGCCUCCUAAUCAUUGGACUAUUCCAGUUUAUCCCUGAGUCAGCCAGGUUCCAGGUUUCAGUGGGUAACAUCAGAGGAGCUGUUGCCACCUUGAGGCGGAUUGCUAGGAUGAAUAAAACCAGUUUACCAGAUGGGGACCUUCGGGAGCCAAUAGUAACAGAGAUGGGGAAUGCUCUUACUAUAAUCAAUCCCACACUCCGGAGAACCUCUCUGCUUCUGUGGUUCUCAUGGUUUGUAGCCUCCUUCUCCUACUAUGGCUCAGUGCUGAGCAGUUCAGAGCUGCUGGAGAAGGACCUGCUGUGUGUGACCAACCCUGACCCAGAGCACAGUAUCAAGCCCAACCAUGAGGAGGAGCUAUGUUACUGCAACCCCUUCAACAUGGAUGACUACAAGACCCUCCUCAUCAGCUCCCUAGGAGAGGUGGCACUCAGUCCCCUGAACAUUGGCCUGUUGAACCUGUUGGGCCGUACAUGCAGUAUGAUAAUUCUACAGGUCCUGUCCGCCAUCUUCUUCAUGCUUGUUAACAUCUGUUCGACCAUGAUUGGGUUUAUCGUGCUUCUCUUCCUGCUCCGCUCGCUCAUCUCCAUGAACUUUAAUGUGGUGUAUAUUUACACUGCAGAGGUCUACCCUACCUCAGUGCGAUCCAUUGGAAUGGGUUUGUGCACUUCAUUCAGUCGAAUUGGGGGCAUGAUUGCACCAUUCAUAGCCCAGGUAUUGAUGUCCACGUCUGUGCUGCUGGCCUUGAGUCUAUUUGCACUAGCUUCUUGCCUGUGUGCUCUCGGGACUGUAUUCUUACCCAUUGAGACCAGAGGAAGGGCAUUGUUGCAAACGGAAUAAGUCCUAUCUGCAGAAAAACAGUUGCCACGCUUUUGUAAUUUUAUUAAACUUGAGCUCAUUUAACAAAAAAUUUCAAAAUUGUAUUCAUUCUUGAAAUAAGCAAACAUCGUGUGAUUGAAGCAAAUC